AUGUCAUCUUGGUCUCACAAGCGUCGAUUUUAUCGCAACAGUGACGAACAGAAUCGCUGGCAGAAUGGUCACAAGACUCCCAUUCCCGUUCCAACAACAACGCCUCCACCUCUGGGAAAACUCAUACAAACGGUUCGGGUAAAGGACUUGGCGGGCGAAUCCAAGAACUUCAUCGACUCGGCUGCGAUUCGCGAUUGCGAGGCCAUCGCUUCCUUCAACUGGCUCGAUAAGAAAGGGUCCGAGUCCACGGUUCUGACUCCUGGAAAACCGCCUUUGUGGACCCCUCCAGUCGCACCCACCGUGCUCAAGGAAGAUAGCGGGACGUAUUUCCGCGACAAGAACGCUGCACGAUACCCCAAGCAUCCCAUGGAAGCAGCCAUCGUGACCGCCCUUGGUGUCGAUCGAGACCUCCCUGCUAAGCUGGACAUUAUGGCCUGCGGCAGCACACUAGGCAAUCUGCUGCGCUUUGUGUGCGGACAAGACAAACCAUUUCGUAUGCUGGCAGAGAAGGUGGAUAACACCGUCUUCUUCAUCCGCCGCGAAAACUCGCCGACAGAGUUAAUCCCCAACAUUCGGGGAUUUGGCCACGCUUUUCCAGAGGCAUACACCACAUGGGAGCUCGAUGUCAAAGGCUCCGCAUCGCACCAGCGCAUCCUUCGCUACACUCUCGGCGGCCUCAAGAUUGCCAUCCGCUUCGAGGCUGACGGAUAUGUCAAGGCUCCUCUCGGCGAGCACCCUGUCGUGCCUCUGGCCAAAGCCACUCACCUUUCGUCGGAAGAUUCCCUCGACACUCUAGUUGCGGCUCUGUCCGAGAACCAAGUCUCGCCGUCGUCCGUUGAGUUGUCGUCCAUUGCGUCGUCGUGCGCUGUGAAAACCAAGCCCGGCGGCAGCUUCAUCGGCCAGGAGUACGUAUUCGACCUAAAGACUCGCAGCAUUAAGACCAAGUUUGUCAAAGACCACCUCGGCGAGGAACUCCCCCGACUGUGGGUGUCGCAAAUCCCAAAGUUUAUCCUUGCCUUCCACGCCAGCGGCUUCUUCAAACCCCAGGAGAUUGAGGUUAGAGACAUCCGCGCCGAGGUCGCCAACUGGGAGAAGGAACAUGUCGACGAUUUGUCUCGUCUCGCCGCACUCGUGCACCGAAUCAUUGCGAUGACCUCCUCUGCCCCCGGCGGAAAGCUUGAGUUGUGCCAUCAGACCAUUGGCGAGCUGCAUGUCAGAGAGCAGCUGCCAGACGCGGGUGACGUCAUGUCCACUGAGGUGAGGGCACGCUGGGGGAAGUCAGCGUCGGCCAUUGCUGUGGGGAUGGAUUCUCCAGCUGUCGAGGAUCGCUACGAGGACCACUCAUCAGAGGAAGACUCAAUCUCUGAACAUCAAUUGGAUUUUACCGCAUGUUCUUUUGGUGACUGCGGAUAUUGUGGUCGAUGCUCUUAUUGA